AAUUUGCAUUAGUUUUAUUCGCAAAAGAUUUCAAUCCACAAAAAUAUGAAGUACUCUCACGCGUUUUCAGUAAAAUGUAUUGCAAAACCGUUUAGAACAAUUGCUUAAAUGGAUGAAAACUUUUCCUGCUUUAAUGAAACAUCGUAAAGUUGAAGAAAAUUUAUUUCCAUGGAUUGAGCUGGUUAAUGAUGAGAUACUUGAUUUAAAGAAGCAAACAUAUUAUGUAGCAGGAUGUAGAAACAGUGCAAUUUCUGCAAGGACAGAUCUAUAUGAUUUAUUAGUUAAUAUACCAGCCAGAGAAAUUACUGUUGCUCCACAUGCAAAAGAGAGUUUAACAAUGACAAAAACGCAUAAGGAAAUAGCAUUGUUUAUGGUACAGUUAUGUGAAAAUCAAAGCUGUACAGAAUCACAAAUAAUAUCUGAGAUCAAUGAGAAAACGAAAGAUUUGUUAAAUCAAUUAACGUCUUUAGCUACCACUGAAACACCGGAUGGAAAAAAAAUGGUCUCUGUUCAAGCAUUCAAAGAAAAAGAUUUACCACAAGCUGUCGAAAGCUUUUUAAUUAAUCUAGCAAUCGCUGAAAAUUUAUUUAUGUUAUAAAAUAUAUUUUUUGCAUCCGAGUUAUGUGGACUUGUUGCGCAAUCGUCCAAAUAAAAUGAAAAAAUUCCUAAUGCAACUAUUACAUAUAAUAAAUAUUAUAACUUACGCAGAUGGUGGAUGUUCCAUUUAAAAUGAAGAAGUAUUUAGAAAUUAUAAUGAUUUUUCAAGGAUAUCGAAAUAAAUUAUCUAAUAAUAAAACUAUUAGAGCACGAAGGAUGCAACUUGUUGCAAAUAUGCUUUAAUUGUGCGUCUAUAUUUUAGUUUUAAUAGCCCGCGAUAAUUUGAAAUUCUUUGAUACAAAUGAUGCGCUUUGAUAACGCGCGAAAAUUUAAAAUUGUUAGAAACGAAUAGUGUUCUUUCUACGCAUGCUUAUAAUAAUAUCAUGUUUAAUUUUUGUUUUAAAUUAAUUGAUAAUUAAACAAAUUGAUAGUUACUGCGCGAUCAGAGAUAAAGUUUAUAAUAAAAAAAAAACCUUGUGUGCAUAUCACACAAGUUAGAAUUGAA